AUGGCAAUCUCUCCCCGUGAAGAUAUCGAGUUCAAGACCCUCGCCGGCGUCACGUUACGCGGUUGGCUGUAUCCAGCCGAGCAGCGUGGACCUGGAAUGAUCCUUUCAGCAGGAUUUAAUAUGCCUAAGGAUGUUGUCGUACCAGAUAUUGCUGAAUGGUAUCGAAAACGUGGUUUCACCGCACUUAUUUUUGAUACAUUUGGUAUUGGCGCUAGCUAUGGUCUGCCUAGACAUGAUAGUGACAUGCAAAGGCGGAUUGACGACUUUAUGGACUCGGUCACAUGGCUUACCCAGCAUCCUCUCGUAGAUCCAAAAAAGAUUGCGGCUUGGGGUCUCUGUUUUGACGGCAAUAUUAUGCUCGCAACCGCGGCCCAUGACCGGCGGAUUGCCGCCGUCGUAGCGGUUGCGCCCAUGAUUGAUGUCACUGGGGAUCCCGAACGCAGGGAAGCCAUCUUCGAACUUGGGCUUGAAGACCGUGCCGCCCAGCUAGCUGGCGAGGAGCCUAUCUACCUGCCCUUAGUUGAUGAGGAUGACAAUACGCCGCUCGGUCAGUUCUUGGGCAAUUUCUUUACAACAAUGGACAGUAUGAAGAUGCCCAUUGAGAACCGUGUCACCGUCCAUACUUAUAUGCGAUGCCUCAACUGGAACAUCCUGCACCUGCUGCCGAAGAUCAGCCCAACACCAGUCAUCAUGGUCACACCUGAGCAUGACCAGGUUUUCCCGGCGGAGAGGCAGACGGAGGCGUUUAACCUCUUGCGUGAGCCGAAGGAACAACAUCUUAUUCUUGGGAAGAAUCACUUUGAUUGGAUGUUUGGGGAUAUGGAUGGUGCUUUUGACAAGCAUCUCAACUUUUUAAAGAAGCACAUGUCGCUUUGA